GAUCACAUUCUUUCUGUUCUGUGGAUUGGGAUGGCGGUCCAAAAACUGGUGUUGCUUGCGGUUGUAGCAGCUUGCAUCUUUGCAAUCACAGGAGCCCAGAAUGCAACGCAGCAGUGCCUCAACUUGGAUGCCUCCCCUGUUUUGGAAAGAUUCGUUGAUCAUGUUCCAGUUAUGCGAAGAAUCAAUCUCACCAGAACAAGCAGCUCAAGGCCACUCAUCAUCCGCGCAUUCAAAGUCCAGAGGAAACUCCACAGGGAUUUACCACCCACAACCGUGUACGCUUUUGGUAGAACCUCCGCGCAAGCCUCGGUGCCAGGCCCAACCCUCGUAGCAUUCAAGAACAAGCGAGCUUUCGUGCGCUGGUCGAACAACAUCACCGAUGCCAAUCACUUGCUCGCGGUCGAUCCCACGCUGGACCGCGCCCAGCCCCGAGUUGGAGUUCCACUCGUCGUCCAUCUCCACGGAGGAGAGACCGCGCCCCCCUACGACGGCCACCCGGAUGCCUGGAUCACAAAUGGUGGCGAGCGAGGCCCGAAUUUCACCACCAACGUCUUCCGGUACGACAAUGCGCAGCCCUCCACUCUGCUCUGGUACCACGAUCACUCCUUCGGCUACACGCGCUUGAGCGUCGCCGCUGGCCUCGCGGGACUCUAUCACAUCAUCGGAAACGAUGAUCCCUCCUGGCUCCCGGGAUCGCUCAGGGAGAACAGCGAUGGCAGCCAGAACCCAUUCAUCCACGACUUGGUCCUCCAGGAUCGCCAGUUCUUCCCCAACGGCAGCAUCAAUUAUCCCACCCUGGGAUGGUCAUUCACAGUCUCUGUCCAUCCAAACUGGUGCCCGGACUACUUUGGCGACACCAUGCUCGUCAAUGGCAUGAUCUGGCCAUACUUGAACGUCUCGCGGGGCGUCCAUCGCUUCCGCUUCCUCAACGCUGGGAACUCGCGCUUCUUCAUCCUCAACUUGGAUCACCCCAGCCUCGCCUUCUUCAAGAUUGGAUCCGAUGGCGGGCUGCUGACCACUCCAGUCCGGCAGCCGACGCUCAACCUGGGUCCAUCCGAGCGAGCCGACGUCCUGAUCGAUUUCUCGAGCUUGCGAGUGGGAGAGAACGUAACCAUCAGAAACACCGCCACCUCCGGCUUCGAGGCGGGCAAUGGAAACAACCAGUCGGUGUUCAUGUUUCGUGUCACAAGCUUCCCGCCGUCCAACGCAAUGCUCCCAUCUAACACGAUCGAUCCGGCCAUGGCCAACCUCACGGUUGCGGAGACGAUCCUCGCCACCACCGGCUUCAACAUCUCUGCCGCCAACGUGACCGGCGUCCGCCGCCGCCAGUUCGUGAUCAGCUUCAACCCCACGGUGGGGACGAUCUUCUCGGACGCCAACCGCACGUUCCGCAGCCCGGUGACCGAGAUCGUGCCGCUCUACACGAACGAGAUCUGGGAGUUCGUCAACACCUUUACCAACGGGGAUCACCCGAUACACAUCCACUUGAUCAAUUUCUUCGCGCUGGAUCAGCAGAACUACGAUGUGGCGAACUUCAUUCGGGGGGCGUGUAGCGUCAAUACUCCGUUUCUCGAUCCGACGAGCUGCUUCACAGGGAAUCCUCUGCCGCCGGACGUGGAUCACUUUGGAUGGAAGGACACGGCGCUGGUGAGGGCGAACCUCGUGACACGAUUCUUCGUGCCCUUCCGCCCGCGCGAGGCGACCCGGUUCGCGUUUGACCCGACUAUAUCUCCUGGGUAUGUGUGGCAUUGUCAUCUCCUGGAGCACGAGGACAAUGAGAUGAUGCGGCCAUUGUUGUUCACGAAUUAAGUACUCUUCUAUUUAACAUUGCACCUAAGUUCUUGGGGAUGAAUAGAAUGGUGAGUGUGUGCUA